AUGGCCGCCACACAACCCACAGCUGAUGCUCUUGCGGACAAUUUAGCAGUUCCUGCACGGGUAAAGUUGUGGAAAAAGAGCCUAGAUUCAGUUGCUACACUGUCGGGAUAUGGCCGCCUAGAUCUGAACUUGACCGAACAGAACCUUGCUAGAUUGUUUGCCCGCGUCCAGACUACUGACUACCCGUCAACUGGCGGCGAACCUAGAGGGAGAGUACAGUCUCCAGCUCCGGCCCCCAAGGAAGAGGGUGUAGCUCCCCUCCAUCUCAAUAUCGUCAUUCAUGUCAUAGGGUCUCGAGGGGAUAUUCAACCAUUUCUUGUGAUUGGGAAGUCUUUGACAGCAUGCGGCCAUCGCGUGCGACUAGCAACCCACCUGGCCUUUAGGGACAUGGUCGAGGAGAGCGGACUGGAGUUCUUCAACAUUGGAGGUAAUCCUCAAGAAUUGAUGAUGUUUAUGGUGAAAAAUGCAGGGCUGUUGCCUGGAUUCAAGACCAUCCGAAGCGGAGCCAUCCAACAACAUCGACGCGACAUGGGUGACAUUAUCAGCGGCUGCUGGCGUUCAUGCGUUGAGACUGGAGAUGGAACUCAGGGGCAUGAGGCCCCGAGCGAUUCUGCGACUGAUGGAGCUGAUUAUCUCACGGCACCCUUUGUGGCUGAUGCCAUUGUGGCCAAUCCACCAAGUCUUGCUCAUAUCCAUUGUGCAGAGAAGCUGGGUAUACCACUUACUAUAAUGUUUACGAUGCCGUGGUCGCCAACACAAGCGUUCCCCCACCCGCUUGCCAGUAUCCGACGAUAUAGCACCAAGCCAACCGUUGCGAAUUUUAUAUCCUAUGCUGUUGUAGAUCUGCUCAUUUGGCAGGGCCUAGGAGAUAUAAUCAACCGAUUUCGCAGGAAAACACUAGGCCUAGAUAUCUUGGAUACUCCACAAGCUCUGACUCUUGUUCACCGUCUACAUGUUCCGCAUGCCUAUCUGUGGUCUCCUGCUCUACUCCCAAAACCAAGGGAUUGGUCCAGCGAUAUUGAUGUCUGCGGGUUUACCUUUCUGUCCUCAGCAAGCAACUAUACACCCCCAGAGGAUCUGCUUGCAUUUCUACGCGCGGGCUCACCGCCAGUAUACGUAGGAUUUGGGUCCAUUGUUGUGGAAGAUCCGCAAAAAUUGAGCCUUAUUGUUUUUGAAGCUAUCCAAAAGACGGGUCAGCGCGCCAUUAUUUCCAAGGGCUGGGGAGGACUGGGAGCGAGUGAAGUGGAUGUCCCCGAGAAUAUAUUCUUACUCGACAGCUGUCCUCACGACUGGUUAUUCAAGCAUGUGUCCUGCGUUGUUCACCACGGGGGCGCUGGGACUACGGCUGCUGGCUUGAAACUGGGAUGUCCGACUGUUAUUGUACCAUUUUUUGGCGACCAGCCAUUCUGGGGAUCCAUAGUUGCUCGGCGUGGAGUUGGUCCAUCUCCAAUCCCCUACAGAGAGCUGACGGCGGACAGGCUUGCAGACGCCAUCCUCGUGGCUCUAGAACCAUCUUCACGCCAAAAAGCCCACGAGAUUAGUGAGGUUAUACAGCAAGAGUCAGGAACAAAUGCAGCAGUCUCUAGUUUUCACGACCACUUACAGGAUGCGCAAAUAAGGUGCGCUUUGUGCCCAUCUCGAGCAGCGGUGUGGUGGCUGAAGGACAGUGAGGUUCCCUUGAGCGCCUUUGCAAUGACUGUAUUAGCAGAGGCUGGGCUCAUGAAAGUACGGCAUGUUGAGCUAUACCGCUCUGAAGAAUAUGACACUGCUAGAGACCCUGGAACCCCACUCAGUGCACUAGCGCAGGUGGUACUAGGCAGUAUAGCCAAAUUCAUGACGGAUGUCGGCGAUAUCUCUUUGGAGAUCCUUGCCGUGAUUUCGGGCCAACGCUGUCGCAAACAUUCUGGCAGAAGAAGCCCCAAUAUCGAAGCCGAGGCAAUCGCAUGGGAGAUCUCAGCAUCUUCUGGGGAUCCCAGUGCCACACUAGCUCACACCCCAUCUCGAGUUACAGCUGCCUAUGAUUCAGGGAAAAAGCGGUCUGACAGGCGCGUUAGAAUGCGAGAGGAGAAGCGGUAUCCGUCGAAAUUUACACAAUGGGUUCCCAGAGCAGCAGCUCGUACAGAGCGUCUGGCUCAGGAAGUGUUGGAUUUUAUUGUCAUCCCCCCGAUGGAGAUCUCUCUUACAUUGUCUAGAGGUUUCCAUAAUGUGCCACUGGUUUUUCAUGAUAAUACCGUGAGGGAUAUUCCGAGGGUGACUGGAAUGCGAAGUGGACUAAAAGCAGCAGGAAAGGAGCUUACAUUUGGUGUCUAUGACGGUGUCAGCGGAUUGGUUACCCUUCCUCGCCGGGGCCUGAAAGACUCGGGAGCAAAAGGCUUCAUUCACGGAGUUGGCAAUGGAGUUGGAGGGUUUCUAUCGAAACCAGUGGCAGGUUCGUGCAUAGUUCCUCUGGUCCUACCUACGACUUUUCGGGAUAGCAGCAUAUCCAUUGGCUGGUCUGCAUAA